AUGAAAACUCUUAGAUCUAUGAGCUUCAGUCAAAAAUUUGUUAUGAAAAGUUGCAUAACUGAUGUGAAUGCUUCCUUGAACAAUCUGAUCGAGACUCGUGAUUCUCUACUCACGGUAUCUGUAAGGCAGCAUCUGGCUGAUAAACUUACAUCUAUGUUCUUGAUGUUUUAUAUGCUUGAGGGUGUUUCGGAGUCUGGCACACUUCCGAAACAAAGGGGAGAUAAUGUGAAGCAAUCUACGAAAGAACCCCAGAAAGUAGUCGAAACUUCUGAUGCAAAAAAGCCGAAGGGAUUUGAUCCGAAGGAUAAUGUAGCUUCGGGAUCAAAGGGAAAGGAAAAGGUCAUCGAUGAUGAUGAUGACGAACAUGCAAAACUUGAGCGAAAAGCUCAUGAUGCAGUUCUCGAGGAAAACCUACGAAUCGCAAGAGAGGUUGAAGCAUGUAAAAAACAGCUUUGUGAUGCUCAAAUUGCUCUUCAAGAUAAAAAAGUGUUAUUUCCUACUUGGUCCAUGGAGAUAAUAUUGACCGAAUCAGUUGACAACCCGAGCAUUCACUGGUUAGAGCCGGUCACUUCCUGUUUUGUUGUUUUGAGAAAAUUGUGA